AUGCAGAAGAUGCGCAGGCAGGUUCAGCUACUGUGUGUUGUCCUCCUGGUGACCAUCCAGGUGUCAGUCAAGAGCUUCCCCACCAACAGUCAAAAAAGCGCAGUCCCCAAUGGCAGGAGCACUUCGACCACGGAGGCAAUAUCUCAGGCCAGCCCGAGCGGCGAUGUUGGUGAGACUCUGGAGGACCUCCAGCAGCAGAACCAGCUGCAAAGCCUGGCGUCCUCCACCCAGCCAUCCCAGAGACCCCGAUGCCGGAGCUGGUCCCACGUGGUUUUGCCCAAACCAGAACCAGAGGAGGAACCAGAACCGUUCAUCCUGGACCUCAGGAACUUCCCUGAGUUGGCCAACGCAGACCUGGGAUCUCACAGCCCUAAUAUACAGGUGACCAUUGAGGUGGUUGAGGACCCCCAGACGGAAACAGAGAUGGAGAUGGACCUGGCCAAGGAGGGGGGUGAUGGGGGCCGCAACGACUGGUCCCUGUCCUCAACGGAGUGGCUCGCCCACAAGAAGCUGUUCUUGGCCCUGUUCUGGGAGUACCCGGAACAAGCUGAGACUGAGAGUGGGCAAGGCGGCAGGGCCAGCCUGGAAGAACAGGAACAGGAGAAGCCCAUAGAGGACUACAACUAUGACCCUGAGGAACAGGAACCUGAGCUUAGUGGGACCGGCGGGACUGGGGUGGAGACCGGGGGGACUGGGGUGGAGACCGGGGGGACUGGGGUGGAGACUGGGGGGACUGGGGUGGAGACCGGGGGGAAUGGGGCGGGGGCUGGGGCUGGGGUGGAGACCGGCGGGACUGGGGUGGAGACCGGGGAGACUGGGGUGGAGACCGGGGGACUGGGGUGGAGACCGGGGGACUGGGGCUGGGGCUGGAGUGGACCGGGGGACUGGGGCGGUGAUCGGGGGACUGAGGCUGGGACAGGGGCUGGGGUGAAGACCGGGGGACUGGGACAGGGACUGGACCGGGGGACUGGGACCGGGGUGGGGGUGACCGGGGGACUGGGACCGGGGGGGGUGAAGGGACCGGGGGACUGGGACCGGGGUGGGGGUGAAGACCGGGGGGGGGUGAAGACUGGGACCGGGGUGGGGGUGAAGACCGGGGCUGGGACCGGGGUGGGGGUGAAGACCGGGGGCUGGGACCGGGGUGGGGGUGAAGACCGGGGGCUGGGACAGGGGCUGGGGGGGGACUGGGACCGGGGUGGGGACCGGGGGACUGGGACCGGGGUGGGGGGUGAAGACCGGGGGGCUGGGACCGGGGUGGGGGUGAAGACCGGGGGCUGGGACCGGGGUGGGGGUGAAGACCGGGGGCUGGGACCGGGGUGGGGUGAAGACCGGGGGGGGGUGAAGACCGGGGCUGGGACCGGGGUGGGGGUGAAGACCGGGGGGGCUGGGACCGGGGUGGGGGUGAAGACCGGGGGGGCUGGGACCGGGGUGGGGGUGAAGACCGGGGGGACUGGGACCGGGGUGGGGGUGAAGACCGGGGGGGCUGGGACCGGGGUGGGGGUGAAGACCGGGGGGCUGGGACCGGGACCGGGGGGGGACUGGGACCGGGGUGGGGGUGAAGGGGUGGGGGUGAAGACCGGGGGCUGGGACCGGGGUGGGGGUGAAGACCGGGGGGGCUGGGACCGGGGGGUGAAGACCGGGGGCUGGGACCGGGGGGGGGCUGAAGACCGGGGGGUAGGGGGAGACUGGAGGAGCCACUGGAGAAACAACAGAGGAUGGGACUCCAAGGAAAACUAUGAGUACGAGGAGGAAGAGUGGAGUGACUGGUCGCCAUGCAGCGUUACCUGCGGCAACCAGAAGCGUAUCCGUUCCUGUGGUUACGCAUGCACAGCGACCGAGUCCCGGACCUGCGAACUGGACAGAUGCCCAGAUGACCUCCUAGCAGUUACUGAGCUGAUGCCUCUGGAGAAAACCAAUGGCACUGACUCCCUUGACACAAAUGUGGACAGCUGUGACAAGUGGCUGAGCUGUAAGAACGACUUCCUCCAGAAGUACCUCCAUAAGGUGCUGACCGAACUACCCAGCUGCCCCUGCUCCUACCCGUCCGAGGCCGUCUACAACGCCGUCCACAUCUUCGACACGACGCUGCGUAAGACCUACCGCUGGCGCGACGCCUCCGGCCCCAGAGAACGCCUGGACAUUUACAAGCCUUCCGCUCGCUUCUGCACGCGCUCCAUGAUCUCCUCCAAUAGCACCACCCUGGCCGCGCAGCACUGUUGCUACGACGACCACGCGAAGCUUAUCACGCGGGGUAAAGGGGCGGGCGCUCCGAACCUCAUCAGUACUGAGUUCUCGCCGGAGCUGCAUUACAAAGUGGACGUGUUGCCCUGGAUCCUGUGUAACGGGGACUGGAGCCGCUUCCACUCGGUGAGGCCACCCAACAACGGGCUGCUGUGUCCCGACAACCCACACGAGGAGGUGCAUCAGGCUCAACUGGAGGAGGCCAGGGAGUACUGAUGGAGAGGAGAACUGAGACCCUGACCGGGGGAAGAGCUGGAAAGAGGGGGUAGAGAGAGCCACGUGGUCCCCAAUUAUGUCUGGAUUUCAGCAUAGACCACAUACUGAAUAUGUGUAGCGUUAACUAUCAGUUGGUUUGGGGAGAAAAGGACUCCUGGAUGUCCCAUCUCUAGCUCCUCCUUAUUCAGUGUUCGGUCACAUUGAGGCACGGAGUUUAUUAAUGACAGAAAUUGGACAUUUCUCCAAUCAGGGAAGCCGGCAACCAGCCUUCCCAAAUGGAGUGAAGUUGAGCUCCUAAUAUAUGCCAUAUAUAUAUAUAUAUGCCAGCUCCUCUCUUGCAGUGGUGUACUCUGGCGUGGGAAAACGAUGUGAGCGCCCCGUCUUAAUGCUGUGUUUUUAGGACAUCUUCACCAUCAAGCACUUCACUCCUUGGAUGAUUCCUCAGGAUCCACCAGCCAAUUGGAUGAUUCGUCAGGAUCCACCAGCCAAUUGGAUGAUUCGUCAGGAUCCACCAGCCAAUUGGAUGAUUCGUCAGGAUCCACCAGCCAAUUGGAUGAUUCGUCAGGAUCCACCAGCCAAUUGGAAUAUACUCUUCCAUGAAUGACAUACUGUGGCAUUACAGGAAGAGAAACAUAAAAAUAAUUCUAACGUGCUGCUGAUGUAUUUGUUGUGAAAGUCCAGAUUUUGGAGUUUCUGAGGAUUUAUACACUCUUCAAUCAGAAGAAACUGGUUUGUGAACGUUAGGAACAGUUGGAGAGGAUGACAUGGUUCUAGUUAUCCUCUCACCCCCAAGCCCCCCACCCUCCACUUUCAUACACUCACAUGUGCUGCUGCUAUUGAGAAGAGGGAUGGGUACAGGGGGAUGGGUACAGACAGAUGGGUACAGAUAGAUGGGUACAGGGAGAUGGGUACAGGGAGAUGGGUACAGAUAGAUGGGUACAGGGA